AUGGCUGCGUCUCUCCGCACGGCGGCGACCACGAGGAUCCCGCGUCCAUCGGUGCUUCGAGGGCAGGGGCUUCGCCGGCUCGUCCACGCCGAGGAUCUUUCCAAAUCCAUCCUCGCCUUAGACAAGGAACACCGUGGUUCGCUAGUCCAGCGGAUGGGGGAGCUGCUGCGCUUGCAGGCUUCCAAAUUCACCCACACCAUGAAGGAGGAACACCGUGCGGAGCUAAUCCAGCUGAAGAAGGAGCAGUUGUACGAAGUCAUGGCCCUUGUCGAAGCCGAUUCCGCGACCUCGUCGCGGGAUAGGAGUCUGCUCAAGUAUAUCUCUACCCAAAUCGAGCCUAGACCACAUGACCCUCAAUGGCGCAAGAUAACCAGGACCAAGAAGGUGACCAAGUGGACUGCGUUGGCGGGUAUUCUUGUUAUUAAUGCUCUCGGUUAUUGUGCCCUGCCUUCCGGUCCUAAAAUAGUGAAGUAUGACGGAUAUCUUGUAACCGUUGAGAGUCUUCCCUUGAUACGACGAUAUCAGCACGCUGCUGAGAGAGCGAGCAAGCGAGAUGGAUAUCAGCAUGUUGCUACUUCUGUGGGACUGGACAAGCAAGAGGAGAUGUGAACAAGCAAAAGGGAUGAAAAUGACAUGCAUGCAUCUUGUUUGAUGGAGAAGCAAGACUGCAGUUCUUUUCCACCUAGAACUUGAUGAGACAUGGUGGGUAUCC